GUCACUGUCAAGGAGUAUGAGUGAAGUCUUCAAUCAAAUCAAACAAACCAAAUAGUACCUACCUACCCUCAAUAAGAAUUAAAACUUUUAAAUUUUACUAAAUUUUCUAAUACAAAGUACCUAGUAAAAAUAAAAAUCAUAGGUACCAAUAUCGUGCCUAAUAUAAAUAGGAAUUUGCUUUAGUUUUAGAUGAGUUGUAGUUUUUUUUUAAUAUUUAGUUUUUCAAUGUAAAUGAGACGAAGAAAUGAAAAGUUUCCUGAUAAUGGAUUUGAGGCUUGGGGUGGUUAUAUGCAAGCAAAGAUUGCAAAAUUGGAACAGCAAUAUACGUCUCGAGCCAGAACUGAAUCAAAUGUAACCAAUAUCUUUAGUGGAGUGAGUAUUUACGUCAAUGGAUUUACUAUUCCAUCUUCUAAUGAGUUGAAGGCCCUUAUGGCUAAACAUGGCGGUGUGUACCAUACCUACCAAAGAAAUGAGGAUUAUAUUAUUGCUUCUAAUUUGCCUGAUACAAAGGUGAAGAAAAUGUCCUUAUCUAGAGUAGUAAAACCUGAAUGGAUUACAGACAGCAUAGCAUCAAACUGUUUGUUAGAUUAUAGAGAUUACUUGUUAUACAGAAACUCAAAAACACAACUUCAAUUAAACUUUGUUAAAUGUAAAAAUGAAAUCUUGAAGGACAAUGUUUCCCCCAGUUUGAACAAUAAUGAGACAUCUAAUAUUACUUUAAAAAUUGAUGAAGAAACCAUGAAAACAAAACUGAAAACAGAAGACCUAACUGAAGUAUCUAUACUGAGAAAUAAAAACAUAUCACCAUUGAAGGAAUCAAAAUCAGCCAAAUUGCAAACAACGGAUUUUAUAGGCAUUAAGAAUGAAAAUGUCAUUAAAACUGCAGCUGAUCCUAAUUUUAUCUCUGAAUUCUACAACAACUCUCGACUGCAUCACAUAUCGCAACUUGGUGCAUGUUUCAAGCAGCAUGUGAAUGAUUUGAGACAGCAAAGCAAAUUCGUAUUUCCUGCAAGAUCAGAGUUGAAAGAAAAAAUAUCAAUUACAGGAGAAACAAGUAACCUCUCGCCUCUCAUAUUUGAAAAAGGAAAGACUAUAAUGCACAUUGACAUGGACUGUUUCUUUGUGUCAGUGGGUUUGCGUAAUAGGCCUGAUCUUCGAGGCAAGCCCGUAGCAGUCACACAUUCUAAAGGAGGACAAGGAAGACCUAAAAGACCAGGUGUUGACAGAAAUGCUGAAUUUAAUCUUUACAGGCAAAAGCAGGCUAAAAGAAUUGGAAAAGCCAUUGGGAGACCUGAUGAAGAGAUAGUUUUUGAAAGUAGAGUUGACAACAUUGCUGAUGAAGAUGAUAAAUAUGGCUCUAUGAGUGAAAUAGCAUCCUGUUCUUAUGAGGCGCGAGUAAAAGGUAUAAGCAAUGGGAUGUUCAUGGGGGCAGCUUUAAGAUUAUGUCCAGACUUACAAACAUUACCAUAUGAUUUUGAUGGGUACAAAGAAGUUGCAUAUACAUUAUACAAUACCAUAGCUCAAUAUACUUUGGAUAUAGAAGCAGUAUCAUGUGAUGAAAUGUAUGUAGACUGUACAGACAUUUUGAAAGAAUUAGGAAUAAGUGCACAAGAUUUUGCAACAGUUCUAAGAGCAGAAAUUAAACAGAAAACUGGUUGCCCAUGUUCCACAGGGUUUGGAGGUAAUCGUCUGCAAGCGAGGCUGGCAACGAAGCGUGCUAAACCAGAUGGUCAAUUCUUUCUCACAGCUGAACUUGUGGAAGAUUUUAUGUUUGAUAUCAAGCUCAAAGAUUUGCCAGGUGUCGGCAGACAGACAAUGCAAAAAUUAGAAUCAUUAGGGCAUCAAUCUUGUGGAUCCCUACAAAGUUUAACAUUAGUAACUUUACAACAACAUUUAGGAAAUAAAACUGGUGCUCAAUUAUUUGAUCAGUGUAGAGGACGAGAUGAUAAUCCCCUGACAUUUGUCACUGUGAGGAAAUCUGUUUCAGCUGAAGUAAAUUACGGCAUCAGAUUCGAAAAUAAUGAACAGUGUGUGGAAUUCCUAAAACAACUUUCUGCUGAAGUGCAUUCAAGAAUGCAGCAAUUUAAAGUUUUAGGCAAAUGUAUAACUUUAAAACUUAUGGUGAGGGCAGAGAAUGCUCCAGUGGAAACAGCCAAAUUCAUGGGUCACGGCUUUUGUGAUGUUAUUAACAAAUCUACCUCAUUGAGCAAUGCAACUAAUGAUGUUGAAAUUAUAACUAGAGAAGUUAUAUCUCUUUGUAAAAAACAGAAUAUUGAUCCAAAGGAAAUGAGAGGAAUAGGGAUUCAAAUAAACAAAUUAGAAAUGAUAAGUUCAAACAAAAAUUCAAAAGGAGCAAUAAGUAAGUUUUUGUCUAAUACGAAAGUAAUAAAAACACAAACCAAACCUGAACCUAAAAGUGAACUACCAGUUAUAUCUGAAGUUAAUUCAAGACCUCAAACCCCUGUGAAAGCACCUGCUUCUCCAAGACAUAAAUCUCCAAUUCUGGGUUCAGUAAAGUCACCAAGUGGAAAACGAAGAGGCAGACCACCAAAGAGCUUUAAAACUCAGCAGUCUGCUUCUAAUAAUCUUAUGAGUAAAUUCCUUCAUGGACACAAUAAAACAAACGACACGCCUUAUAAGUGUCCUAUGAUAAAAGAGGUUGACAAUGUUGUUCCCAAACAAGAGAUGAAACAGGAACAUAAACAGGAUGGGCUAUUAGGACUUUCUUGGGAAAAAGUUCGCGAAUUACUUAGGGCAUGGCUUGAAAGUGGCCAGACCCCCUUGCCUUGCGACGUUGAAAUGAUUUCUGCAUACAUGAGAGAAAUGGUGAUAAAUAAGAACAUUGACAAAUUACAAAUACUUUUAAAUUUUCUUCGCCGCAGAACAUUAGAGAUGGCGUGUGAAACUUGGAGAAACGUGAAUGAGCAGAUCAUAGAACAAGUACAAAAUGCUAUGAUAGCUGUAUAUGGAAAGAAAUUAUAUAUAUGUAAUUAAGUGUAUAAAUCAAGAUUUUAUAAUUAAUAUUGAAAGGUUUUAUUUUAUUACGGUUUGUAUAGGUCUUUCUGAUUUGAAAACAAAAACAUUUUUUAAGAAUAAAAAUAAUACUAUUUUUUUCAUACAA